AUGAGGAUGGAGGGCAGGGAGGAGAUGCAGGGCGCCGUGGGGCUACGCUGCACCUGGGACAUUCCGCCACCCGCUGGCACCCAGGCCAAGUGGGUGAGGCUCAAUGUGGGGGGCACCGUGUUCCUCACCACCAGGCAGACCCUGUGUCGGGAGCAGAAAUCUUUCCUGUGUCGCUUGUGCCAGGGCGAGGAGCUGCAGUCGGACCGGGAUGAAACUGGUGCAUACCUAAUAGAUCGGGACCCCACUUACUUUGGACCGAUUCUGAAUUUCCUCCGUCAUGGGAAGCUGGUCCUGGAUAAAGAUAUGGCUGAAGAGGGGAUCCUUGAAGAAGCUGAGUUCUAUAACAUUGGUCCUUUGAUCCGAAUAAUCAAGGAUCGAAUGGAGGAGAAGGACUACACAGUAACACAGGUGCCUCCUAAGCAUGUCUACCGUGUGCUGCAGUGCCAGGAAGAGGAGCUCACUCAGAUGGUUUCCACUAUGUCAGAUGGAUGGCGCUUUGAGCAGCUUGUGAACAUUGGCUCAUCCUAUAAUUAUGGGAAUGAGGAUCAGACAGAAUUCCUGUGCGUGGUUUCCAAGGAGUUGUACAACUCCCCCAAUGGUCUGAGCUCUGAACCCAGCCACAAAGCCAAGAACACAGAGGAGGACCUGGAGGAGGAAGAGCAGGAGGUGGAGGAGGAGGCAGAGGCAGAAGCAGAAGCAGAGGAGAAAGGUGCAGCAAAUCCCUGAGGAAAAUGAUAAAAAUUACCCCCCAGGCAUAGACUCGUCCACCUUUCUGACCGUCCAUCUAUUCAGGAUUGUGCUAAACUCUCUUCCUGCGGACCCUCCCUCCUGCUCCCUUCCGUGUCCAUCCCAGCACUGCCAUCUACCUCCCACAUUGCCCCACUCGCCAGCCUCCAGCAUCCUUCCCUCUGCUCUCCUUGUCCCUCAGGGCUCAGAGUGGUCUCUGCCCAGGGCCCUGUCUCUCUCUGCUCCUCACUUUUCCUCCUCUGCAGGUAUGUUACCUGUCUGCACUCCCAGCUCCUGCCAGCCUGAGUUCUGCAUGAGUGACUCACUUCCCUCUUGUGGGUAUGGCCCUGGUUUGUAGAGCUCGGGGAGGGGAAGGAGGGAGGUGUGAGGUUGACUCAUCCCUAAGGUGGCUUUACAUAUUCUGAUCCUAUGCGUGCCUUUACCUGCCAAGCAGAUCCUAUGGCUGUAGACCAGAGGCUCUGGCAGCAGAAAGGAGAGUGCAGCUGGGAGAGGGGUGGAAAUGAAUGCAAAGCAGGCCGGGGUGGUUUGGGGAAGGGGUGGAAUUUUGCCAUGUGUCUGCGUGACAUGCAUGCCAGAUCGCUCCUCCAGACUGCGUCCGCAGCUCCUUUGCCUGCCAGCCCGGGCAGUUUGCAGAAGGCAGUCGGUUAUUUUUCCUUCCCUGAGCUUUUCCCCCACAGGCUCUGCCAGGGUGAGAGUACAGUGGGAAAGGUGGCAAAGGCAGAGCAGAAGCAGCUGGUCCCCACUGCAGAUGCUCUCACAGCUGUGUGCAAAAUGAACCUCUCUGCUCUGCCUCCUGCUUAGGAAGGCUGGCUGGCUGACAAGUGUGGGGCUGCGUAUGGAGAGUGUUAGAAGGAGGAUUCCUCUCCAUACUGCAGAACUGUGAGGCUCUUGUUAAACUGGAGAUGCUCAGUGUCAGUCUCCACCGGUCGCGAUGGAGGGCACUUGUUAGCUGGCUGACAUUUCUCUCUUCCUCUGUUUGAAAGCCUCCUUGUCUGUGGCUGUGGGACCUGAGUGUUAUUAUCUUAAGACUCAGUGUAUGUUAAUCACAUCGACUUUUUCUUCCUUCUGUUCUGUUUUCCCACCCUCGUUUAUUUUCUUUUUCUUCUGUUUGUGUUUCCUCUGUCAUUUCCCCUUUUCUGUUUCUCACUCUCCCCUCCAUGCUCAGUUGCUUUUUUUUCCCUCUCAUUGAUUGUGUUUCUCUUUCUCUCUCCUUCUCUAGCUGUUACAAGCCAGAGAUCUGAGGAUGUGAUCUGAACACUCCGCUCCAGCCUUUUCAUUUCUUGUUUAUAUCUUUAUUUUUGUACUGCAGUGUAUGGCAGCCCUUUCUCCCACAGUGACGCCCCCAGCCCCCUUCACUCUUCACAUGCAGCCAUUUUUUUUUUUACAAACUCACCUCGGAGGCCUGAGCUUCCAGCCCUGGAGGAGGGCAGAUGCUGCAUGGAGCCCCUGAGCUGCUGUAGGAGCGGGAACCCACAGCCCCCUCCUAUGCCUGGCAGUCUGGCUUUCCUUAAUGUCACAGUGGCCCCUUGUGGGGACAUCAGCGAUCAGCCACUGCAGCCUGCGGUCCCUUCCUGAGCACCCUGGAUGCAAAUGCGGACCGAGGUAGUGGCAGCUGUGGAAGGACCAGCCCUUGCCCUUUCACUGUUGCAGGCAACUGGUGUGGGCUUGUGGCCUGGGGACAAAUGCAGAGCCAGCAUCCUUUUCUGGGCCACCUGUAUGGCUCGGAGGUGUCCCCGUGCUGGGUAUCACGUUCCUUGGUGCCUCCCCCCCUGUCCCCAAAGCAGCUCUGUGCCAGCAGUGUAAGAAGGAGAAUGGUGUGCUGCCUGGGUACCAUGAACAUGCUGGUACCUGAUGUUGAGUCAGCCAGCGCCAAGCAGAUCCCAGUUUUGGGGAGCAGGGUGUUUGCUUCACUGCUGUGUCUGAAGACUCCUGAAUAAA